UUUACUCAUCUUUACUGUCAAGCCUAUACUCUCUCUCUCUCUAAGCUGAUAAAGAAAAAACAAAAAGCUAUAAAACUGGAAGCUCUGUCCUGAUUUUGUAUCUACCCCAAAUGGUCUCGUUUUCAUUUUUGGCGACAUGAAUCGGAUUCCGAGGGAAUCCUUGGCCGGAGGAAGAAAUUCUCUGGCGGGACCACAACUUCGAAAGGGACGGAGCAAUGUCGGCUUCUCAAGGGAGACGGAUGAGAACUUGGAUUUGUUCUCCAGGAACCGCCGGAGCCUCCCGGUCGGGUCGUCCGACGAACGGGAUGGAUCAGUGAAAUUGGGGAGAAUUUCGGUUGAACCAGUGAAACUAGCAAGGAGCGGAAUGGACGAUCUACUGUCUUCAGUAGACGGGGGAAAGCACGAUUAUGACUGGCUUCUCACUCCUCCUGGAACACCUCUUUUCUCUUCAUCGGAUACAAGUGAGUUCCCUCCAACUUUAUCAGCUCCAAGAAGCAGUUCCUCGGGUAGAUCAGUUUCCACCACUAAAGCCUCAAGGCUUUCGGUAAUGCAAUCAGAGAACAACCAUUCAUCAAGACCAACUAGAAGUAGUUCAGUAACACAACCUUCUGUGCACUAUAAUACAAACUCUUCUAAUAACUCCAAUAGAACUUCAAUGCUAAACACAAGCUCAGCAUCAGUCACAUCUUUGUACAGACCAUCCACCCCCACUACUCGUUCAAAUUUGUCAUCUAGUACAAGACCUUGCACCCUAUCUUCCCGGUCAAUGCCAUCGCGAUCAUCAACACCAUCCAAAUCCCGGCCAGGUCCCAUCAGCUCUCCUAAUGACAAAACCAAAGUACCCCAAAAUUUAACACACUCUACACUAAGCACCAGACCUCAAGUCCCUGCAAACUUGAAUUUUCCAUCAUCUCGACCAAACUCACAGUCAUCAACUCCCAAUCGUUUGACCCAAACAGCAGUUCCAGUUCCAACUCCAUCAGUAGCUCACUCAGCCUCUGUGGGCCGGCUUGCAAAUGGCCAAAAUCCAGCACCUGCUUCCCGUGGAAGUUCCCAAGGACCACGGGCCCGGCCACCAUCACAGCCCAUUGUGAUUCCUGAUUUCCCACAUGAUACACCAUCUAAUCUGAGGACCACAUUGCCAGACAGACCAGUUUCUGCUGGUAGAUCCCGACCAGGUGUUGCUGUUACUGUCAGGGGAAAUUUGGAGGCACCUGGGCUUAUCCCACGGAGGCAGUCAUCACCUUCAAGGGGAAGAAUUUCAGAACUUUCAGUGAAGGGCCGCUUGCAUGCUAAUGUUGGGGCACCUGAAUUACAGAAGGUCUCACCGGUAUUGGAACCUACAGUUCGGAAACCUGUGAAGCCCACAGCUGUCAUUGAGAGUACUGGGUUUGGAAGGACAAUCUCAAAGAAGUCACUAGACAUGGCUCUCAGGCAUAUGGAUAUCCGAAAUGGCACAGGGAGCAUUCGUUCUUUGGCAGGAACUACUCUAUUCCCUCAGAGCAUCCGUUCUAGCAACCCGAAUGGCCAACCUGCUCGUCCCUUGGAUGCUCCAGUUUCCAUCAGUAGCGACAGUGCCCCAUCUGUCAGCGGCAAUGGAGCCAUAUUGGAGAAUGGAAACUGUACCGAUAGGUCCACGGGGAGGGAGGCCAAGGAAGAUGAUGGUCGACCUUCAGCAAAACUGAGUGAACAACCAGAUAUGUUUGAGAGCUCUCGUUAUGAUGCGAUUCUGCUCAAAGAAGACAUGAAGAACACCAACUGGCUGCACAGUGUAGAUGAUAAGUUUGAUCAGAGCCUCAUUUUUUAUCACCGGUUUGAUCCACUACCCGAACCAUUUGGCCUUCCAUAACCUGUGGAGUGUUAUUAUGGUUUCUUUUUUUUUCCUUUCUUUUUACUUAAUUUAUGCCUAUUUUACAUCUAUGGCUAUUAUUUCGAGGAUGGAAUCCAUCAAAUUUUCUCCUACUUUC